AUGAGAGUGAAGAAGCCAACAUCCAAGCGUAUGACCACCCGUUUACGGGAAGGUAUCAAGAAGAAAGCCUCGGCACAGCGCCGUAAGGAGAAGAAGACAGCAAAGAAGGAUGUGACGUGGAAGUCCCGUAAUAAGAAGGAUCCAGGUAUUCCUGCGUCGUUCCCAUACAAGGAGAAGCUUAUUGAGGAGAUUGAGCAGCGUAAGCAAGAACGUGAAGAACACAAAAGGCAGAUGAAGCUGCAGAAGCGAAACGCACAAAUCAACGCAUCUGCAGAAGAUAUUGUUGCGGAGGAAGAAAUGGUGGUCGAGGAGGACGAUGGAGCCGGUGGUAUGGCAGCUCUAUUAGAGAGCGCCGAGCAGGCAGCAAGGGAUUAUGAAGGCGAGGACACAGCAGGUGCAGCAGAGAACGAUCAAGACAGAAUGAUUGAGGACGGAGAGGAGCUCGAGGUCAUUGAUCACGAGAUUGUAUACGACGAUGAUGAAGAGGCCAGCAACAACAACGAGAUCGAGAAGUCCAGGAAACAGUUUGACAAAGUUUUCAAAUCUGUUGUCGAUAUAGCCGAUGUUGUACUUUAUGUCCUCGAUGCACGUGACCCGGAGAGCACCAGAUCGAAGAAGAUCGAAGAAGCCAUUUUACAGAGCCAAGGAAAGAGGUUGAUUUUGUUGUUGAACAAGGUGGACUUGGUUCCGGAUGAGGUUGUCAAGCAAUGGUUAGACUUCCUUGGAUCCUCUUUCCCAACGAUCCCUAUCAAGGGGUCGAGCGGCGCUGUCACUGGUAAGACGUUCAAUAAGAAGCUUACGCAGAAUGCCACAGCCGGGAACUUGCUAUUGGCGUUGAAGGCGUAUGCACAGAAGAGUAAUCUACACAGAUCGAUUGUUGUUGGUGUCAUCGGGUACCCGAAUGUGGGGAAGUCGUCGAUCAUCAAUGCGUUGACGUCCCAGCGUGGUAAGAACAACACCGCAUGCCCUGUGGGCAACCAGGCGGGCAUAACCCGUACGUUGAGAGAGAUCAAGAUCGACAACAAGUUGAAGAUCAUCGACUCUCCCGGGAUUGUCUUCCCGGAGAACACGAAGAGGGGCAACAGCGCCAAGAGCAAGAAGGAUUACGAGGCAAAGUUGGCUGUGUUGAGCGCCAUACCUGAGAAGCAGAUCGAGGACCCUAUCUAUGCCGUGGGCUUCUUGCUCAAGAAGUUGUCGCAGGACACGACGAUGGCGGAGAACUUCAAGCAGUUCUACAAGAUCCCUGCAGUUGCGUCGAUAAAUCUGGACGACUUCACGAGGAAGGUGCUGAUCCACAUAGCGAGAAACCAGGGCAGGCUUGGCCGUGGCGGAGUUGCGAACCUGCACGCUGCGGCGUGCAUUGUGUUGAAGGACUGGAGAGACGGGAAGUUCCAGGGAUGGACCCUGCCUAAGUCGUCGAAGGGCCAGGCGGCGUCUGCAGAGGACGACGAAGCCCACGGGGUCAACGGCGGCAGAGGCGUCACUCCGCCAGCCAAGGUUGAGCAGACCACGGUUGUGAAGGAGUGGGCGCAGGAGUUUGAUCUCGACAGCUUGUUCUCAGACGUGUUUGGCGCCAAGUGA